CUCAUUCACUUAUUCGUAUAGUACCUUACAUAGCAACUCAUUCACCAUCUCUAUCGGAGAUGGGUGCCCCACUCGAGGUGGCCGCCCUUUUUCUUCUGAGGCCGUAAGGUCAACUCCAUGGCUUCCCAUCUUAGCCAAUCUAUCUCCGGUACUCUCAGAUUCACCUUCUUCUUCUCAGCUUUUUCCUUCUCUUCUAUCCCAGACCUCUUCUCCCCUUCCUUCUUGCAACCAACUCAUUCUAUUCCUCUAAUUACAGUGCUACUGUCUUGCCUUCUUCCAAUUCUCAUAUUACAGGACCCGUUCUUGUGAAUUACUUCCACCCAAACUUCACCCACAAUCAUUCUCUGCGGCAGGCCCGAUUCAAUCCUGUCUAUAAUCAGACUAUAUACGGUCGAUACUACAAGUCAACUUGUCGAUCCUUGAGCAAUCGACAAUAAGGUAGUCGAAUUAUCACACCCACCACACACCAAUAAUCAUCACAAGCGCCAAAAUGUGCGUUUCCGGCCAAGUUCUUUGCGAAUGCAACUGGCCAAGAGACACGGUCCGUCACUGCACCAAAUACGUCCAGACUGGCGAACUGUGCCCUGGUCUCUCAAAGUUUCUCCUCGCCUACACAGAACGUCGCAAAACUGACGGCGGCGUCUAUAAAUGCUUCAAUCCCACGUGCGAGAUUUGGGAUCUCGAAAUGUGUCGUGGCAUCCGCGAAAGAGGAAAAUACAUGGACCGACAGUUGUCGUUGGUCCUUGGCCAAUGGAGCAAGGAGGAGGACGACGCUGAGAAGGCGACUGUGGUCUUGGCAAAUAAGGCUAAUCCUGUCGAGUCUGGAGGUGAAGACCAUGCUAGCAUCGUGGCCAUCUCAGACGACUCCGGUUCUGAGUCCAACAACGACGAAGGCCUUGAGAUGCCGCAACACUUCGAACCUGUGGCGACUGGAGAGCUUGAACUUCAGCCAGCACCAACCUUUCCCGAAGAAGCCCAGCAUGUCGAAGAGAGGAUAUCCGCCAGCAUCCCCAAGCCCGAGGUAGACGUCGAGGUAGACGAAGCUACCGACAACGACUUGGACAGUCUGUUCGGCGGUGCUUCAUGUCCCCCGACUCCUGACAUGAGGCUCAUCCGGAAUCAUCAUUCCAUCUGUCUCCCAACAGGAGUUCACCUCCCAAGCCCCCCUCUCUCUCAACCUACCCCUGAGAAUCCCGUCAAAGAAGGAAAUUCCCAUACACCUCCCGCCGACACAAAGAGCGAACAAGCAUCUCUCCUCAUCCUCCCAACACAAGCGCCACCUCAGCAGCAGCAGCAGCAGCGAGAGCAGGGGCAAUUAGAACCCACUCCUCAACCCUCUCAUAAGCUGGGUCCAACAUAUCCCGCCCAGAAUACUAUGGCAAUGGGCAACAAGACACCCGCCAGCUACCCAGCGGUCCCGCAGCACAUGAGACCUACCCUGAGCGGUCCAAACCAAGCGACCCUGAGAGCGCUUCGAGCGCAGACUCUCCGCUGCGGUGCCACGCCGACGGCGUCCCCCACCCCCGUCCACGCGGCAUCAGUCAGAGCGGCAUCCCAGUGCCCCCGCCCUUCCAUGAACACGUCGAGGUUCGAAGGCUAUAGGCGGCCGAAUAUCCAGCAGCGGCGUCCAAUGAUGCCAGCUGGAGGCAUGCCGAUUCAGAAUGGAUAUACAGCCUCUCCCCAGGUCUCUCAGAGACCUGUUCCUACAUACGUCGGCCAGAAUACCAUGGCGAUGGGCAUGGGCAACAAUAUGCCCAACGGCGGGGGUCAGGGGAUGUCUCUUGCGAUGUCGGCCCAGGCUACAGGGUCGCAGGGCAUGCCAUCUCAGUACGUGGCAUAUCAAAAUAUGUCACCUCAGAUCGCGCGUCUCCAGGGUUUGGCGUCUCAAGGCAUGGCGUCCCAAGGUAUGGCGACUCCAAACAUGUUGCCCCAGAACAUGUCAUCUUCGCCCGGGACCUGGACAAUGUCGUCUCUGGGUACCCCAUACCAGAACACCCCACCACAGUUCUGCACCACAGCCAGUCCCCAGGCCCCUCAACAAGCAUCCGGUAGCUUCACCAACUUCUUUCAGAGCCCGCAGACGCCAUAUCGGGGCAUGCCGACUCAGGGCGUGUUGCCUCAGGGUAUGCCACCCCAGAACGGCUAUGUGCCCAGUCCGGUGAUGCCUCAGAUACGGACGCCACGCACAUUCAGGCACGCGUCGAAUGGCAUGCUGUCUCAGCAGGGAUACAUGAACCCGGUCUACAUGGCGAACACGGCGGCGCCGUCACAACAUACGGGACUAAACUCGCCCAUGGCCGGUCCUACCUCCCCUUGGCCCUCGACUGGGAAUACCUUCCUCCAGCCCCAGCUGCAGCCGCAGCCCCAGAUCCAGCCCCAGCCCCUCUUCAACAGCAAGAUAUGGGAACAAAGCCAGGCACAGAUGGCCUCAAGACCGCAGAUGGCUUCAGGUAUGCCUGGCAUGCCUCCAACGCAAACCAGAAUGGCCGGGCUUGGACCAGCCUCAGGCCAAAAGAGAUCGUACGCCACAAUCUCCAACAUCUACGAUCCUCGCCUAAGUCAGCCUCCCCUGACACCCGGCGGCAUCCCGAGUCCUUCGCCGGCGAAUACGCCGUCGUCGAUGGACGGAGAGCGGCAGCCUAAACGCCGGGCGAUGUAAAUCAACACUAAGGUACUUCGUAUAGGCGGUUGAUUGGGGAAUUAGACAUGCCUCCAGCCCUCGAGGUCGCAAGCAAUGAAUGCCAGAGAUAACACUUGCGGCCGGGGAAAUCCAAGAGGCUCUGGAGGCAUGGCUGGGUUGUGUUUAGGGGGGGGGGGG